AUGGCUGUCGGUAAGAAUAAGAGACUAUCCAAGGGUAAGAAAGGUCUAAAGAAGAAGGUCGUUGACCCAUUCACCAGAAAGGAAUGGUACGAUAUUAAGGCCCCAUCCACUUUCGAGAACAGAAACGUCGGUAAGACUUUGGUUAACAAGUCCACUGGUUUGAAGUCUGCUUCCGAUGCCUUGAAGGGUAGAGUUGUUGAAGUUUGUCUUGCUGAUUUGCAAGGUUCCGAAGACCACUCUUUCAGAAAGGUUAAGUUGAGAGUUGACGACGUCCAAGGUAAGAACUUGUUGACCAACUUCCACGGUAUGGACUUCACUGCUGACAAGUUGAGAUCCAUGGUCAGAAAGUGGCAAACUUUGAUUGAAGCCAAUGUCACCGUUAAGACCUCCGAUGAAUACAUCAUCAGAGUCUUUGCCAUUGCCUUCACCAGAAAGCAAUCCAACCAAGUCAAGAGAACCGCUUACGCUCAAUCCUCCCACAUCAGAGCUAUCAGAAAGGUUAUCUCUGACAUCUUGACCAGAGAAGUCUCUAACUCUACUUUGGCUCAAUUCACUUCCAAGUUGAUCCCAGAAGUUAUCAACAAGGAAAUUGAAAACGCUACCAAGGACAUCUUCCCAUUGCAAAACGUCCACAUCAGAAAGGUCAAGCUAUUGAAGCAACCAAAGUUCGACUUGGGUUCUUUGAUGGCCUUGCACGGUGAAGGUUCCGCCGAAGAAAAGGGUAAGAAGGUCUCUGGUUUCAAGGACGAAGUCUUGGAAACUGUGUAA